UUUUCAGUAUUUACCAUGGGCAGAGAUAAAAAGAAGGGCGACGAUGAGGACUCCGGAGAUGAUGUCUAUGUUGUGGAAGCUGUCAUCAACAAGCGUAAAGCUAAGGACGGAAAAGUAGAGUAUCUUCUUAAGUGGCAGGGAUUUCCUCUCGAAGAGAGCACUUGGGAACCGGAAGAGAAUGUAUCCUGUCAAGAACUUAUUGCGGAAUUCGAAAGAAAACGGAGCAAGACAGAGAAGAAGGAACCAUCUGUUUCCAGCGACAAGCGCGAAGAGAAACAGUUACAUCGCAUUAUAGGUUUGACGGAUACCCCUGGAGAGCUUCAUUUCCUCAUCAAAUGGAAAGACCACACUGCCGAUCUUGUGCCUGCCAAGGAAGCCAACGUGAAGUAUCCUCAGGAAGUGAUUCGAUUCUACGAAGAAAGACUAAAACUGCAAUCACGUUAAGUAAUUGAGCAUGAUUUUUGUUUGCAAAUUUUUUCUAACAUUAAGUAAUCUUCUUCGUGGGUCAUCUUGGUGCAUUGAUCUCACGAAUCUUGUUUGUUCAACUUUUCCUCUCAUUCUGUAUGUUUAUCCAGUGCACAUGCAAAUGAAGUCUCGGUAUUGUAU